GUCAUAAUUCGACUUGGCGACAGCAAAAAAGAGGAACUAUAGGCUUCAAAACUGCAGUUCACAAACCAAUGGAUGAUGUCACCAUAACUACGUCUUUUUUUACGUAUCUCAGUUGCGGUGGGAAUCGGCUGCAUGUUUUCAAGUCAAUGUGCAUCUUCCCACGAAGUAAAGCUGGUUUUUUUCCCCCUCAAAAGUCAGCUGAUAUAUAUAUAAUCAGCGGCUGCAGAAGGGUCCAUGUUUCAUUACUGUACAUCUGCAGGCUGAUAUCAUGACUUUCUUCAAGUGCACCCUCGGGCUCCUGGUCCUCCUCCUGCUCUCUGACUGCUCCUGGGCUGAAGAGAAGGAUCUGUCUGUCUCUGAGCUCCUGUGGAGGGCCAACAAGGAUGUUGUGCGUACAGAAGGGGGGCCCUUCGUCGUUGAUGACAUUGCUUAUGCCAAUGAAAAUGAGAGAAACGCUGAUCCCUGCACCGCCAAAGACUGCAAGUGGAGAAAAUACAGCGAUGGAAAAGUAUACGUGCCUUAUGUCAUCGCCACACAUUUCUCUUCUCGUGAGCGUUCCAUCAUCGAGCGUGGGCUGCUGUCUUUCCACGACGUCACCUGCAUUCGCUUCUUCCAACGGACCAACCAGAGGGACUACCUGAGCAUCCAGUCCGACAAAGGCUGUUACUCCUAUGUCGGCCGCCAGGGUAACAACCAGACGGUGUCUCUGGAACGUCCGGGCUGCAUCUACCACAGCGUCGUCCAGCACGAGCUGCUCCACGCCCUCGGCUUCAACCACGAACAGUGCCGCUCCGACAGGGACCAGCACAUCCGGAUCCUGUGGGAGAACAUCGAGUCCGGUUGGGAGUUCGCCUUCUACAAGAUCAACACGCUGAACCUGAACACCCCUUAUGACUACAACUCUGUCAUGCAGUACCGCAGGGAUGCCUUCUCUCGGAACAAUAAGCCCACUAUGGUUCCCAUCCCCAACCCCAACGUUGAAUUCGGGACGGCCACCAAGAUGAGCAAGAACGACAUCAUCAGAGUGAACAAGCUGUACAAAUGUUGAACUGUGAUGAGAACAACUCUGACAACACGGUUCAAAUUCAGACAUCAAACACGAUCAAAAACAUUGUGUCAACAAUAAACCUGCAAGCUUU